AUGGGAUAGAGCUGUCUAAAAAAAUAAAGAAUAGAAAAUGAAGGAGAAUUAUAAUUCAAAUUGAAUUUCAUUUAACCAAUCAGUCAUACUAAUUAAAUAAAAAGACCAAUAUAUGAAAUAUGCUAAAUAUAAGGAAGAGAGGAAACAAAUGAUGAAAAUGAUGAUUUUGAUUUAGAAACAAAAAAAACUUAAAAAUUAAAAGUUAAAUGCAUAUACAAUUCCAAGUCUAAUUUCUCUUUGGGUGUUAAAUAAUAAAAAUAAUUGAUCAAAAAUUAACUAAAAUCCCUUGGUGCAGAUGUGUCAUAAAUUUUUAAUCCUAAAAAGUAAAAAUUAGUUCGUUCUGAUCGAGAAAGUAGAGCUAAAGAAUAUAAUACACGUUUAAUUUAAACUGAAAGAGAUUAUAAACGAAAUGGCACAUUUUCCUCAAAUAGAAGUGUUGAUAAUAGCCAAUCUCCACUUUAAUUAUCUUUAAAAUAAUAGAAUAACACAUUUGACUCUAUAAGAGAUGAAAUUAAAUCUGUUAGAUCUAUGAAAACAACAAAUUAAUAACAAUUAAAUCAUGGAAUUUUAAAAUAAAAAAAAGGAAAAGCAAAAUCUUUGUAUUACAAAAGAACUGUUAGAUUUUAAUUUUGA